AUGUGUCGCUCCAUUGUAGUUUGUAAUUUAAAGCAGCAUAGAAUAUCGCAUGUAUCUGGACUUUCUGGGAGUACAGAAACAGCUCAAAGCCAAGUCUCAGUUGGAAUGGGGUUGCUAGCUGGUUCAACUGUAUUGAUUCUUACACUAAUAUGGGGUUCCUGUGUUGCUGUUGGCAAAUGCGAUAUUCAGAACUCCGUUGCAAUUGAUAACAAAGAUACCAAAGGGUUUAGCUUAACUGGUUCUGGUGUGAGUACUGAUAUCUGGACUAGCUAUGCUGCAAGGAUUAUGGUUAUAUCUGUCAUCCCUUUCAUUAUUGUUCAACUACCGCAGCUUCUCAAUUCGAACUUGGGAAAAGACAUAGCAGUUUUGGUUUCCCUCAUUGUCUCUGUCGCACUAUUUCUUUCUUACUGCCUUUAUCAGGUGUUUCAGCCUUGGAUCCAGAGGAGACGAAUUGCUUAUGCAAAGCACAAGCAUGUUAUAUCAGGAAUCUUGCAACAUCUGAAGACGCGCGCAUUAGGAAGUCUCCUUAAAGGAGAUGGUGAACCUAACGAAGAAAUCAUAAAAAAGUUGUUUCAUGCAAUGGAUCAGGACGGGGAUGGAUCUAUUUCAUAUUCUGAAUUAAGAGCAAUGAUUGUCGGUAUCCGGUUUGAUGAAAUACAGUUGGAUAGGGAUGAUGCUGUGGACAAAGUGAUGAAAGAAUUUGACACUUCUUGCGAUUCUCGUAUUGAUCUUCAAGAGUUCCUCACUGGUAUCUCGAAAUGGAUUCAUGAGGCAAAGCGUUCGGGAGAUGACGCUUCCAACAAUGAUCCUCACACGAUGAAAUUUCUAUUCGACUUUCACUCGAGAACAAAGCAAGAGCACGAUCUUCUCGGGGCAGGUGGUCAAAGCGAUGAGAUCAUUGAAGGUGUUGAAAGUCCCAAGUGGACGACCUUCAAAGCAGUACUGAUGUUGUUGGUAGGAACUCUCAUUGCGGCUGCAUUUGCUGAUCCCUUGAUAGAUGUUGUUGAUAACUUCUCAAGUGCCACAAGCAUUCCAACUUUCUUCAUCUCAUUUGUUGCAUUACCUCUGGCUACUUCUUGUGAGGCUGUCUCUGCAAUAAUGUUCGCUAGCCGCAAAAAGAUCAGAACUGCCUCGCUGACAUUUUCUCAGUUGUAUGGAUCGGCAACCAUGAACAACGUCCUCUGCCUAUCGGUAUUUUUGGCCCUGGUUUACUUCAGAGGAUUAGAAUGGGACUUCUCAGCAGAAGUCCUGGUUAUUCUCAUUGUCAGCAUUGUGAUGGGUGUGUUUAGCAGUUUCCGCACUGUCUUCCCUCUCUGGACAUCUUCAAUCGCUUUCCUACUUUACCCCUUCUCCGUGGCACUCAUUUAUGUCCUGGAUUAUGUUUAUGGUUGGUCUUAG